CGCCUGUUUAAACCCAACAGGUUUUAUAGUUUUAAAAUAAUGUAACAAACCAUGUAUACCUGUGGAACUUAAUGAAUGAAGACCAAACAUAAUUUCAUGGAUUACCAAGAUUUUGUCAUCGAUUUGACUUAGCCACACCAUAAUUAAGGAUGACUUCUGAGCGAAAAUAUUCUCGAAGACUACCCAGUGUUUCGUGCGAUGAGGUUAAUAUUAGUGGAUUAGGUUCGUCAUUGAACUCACACACACCAAGCAGAAGUAGAAGGUGUUCUGAAAAACAUGAUCUUGAAGCAAACAUUGAUGAAAACCGCACCGAUGGAGACGACAACAACAAUAACAAUCGCAGUGCUUCCGCUUACCUUUCCAAACUCCUCGAUUGCAAAGAUUUAUUGAACGACCUCGAUGCCUCCCCUUCCCCUGGUAACCCAGAGCUGGAGGCAAAUGGAUUCACAUACAACUCCCUGAAACCUUCUACUCCAAGCACAUCAAACAUGAGGAGUGCGAUUCAACGCUCAACAUCAUUGUCACAGAAGAGACAAAGCAGAAUCCCAAAUCGUCAUAAGCCUGCUGAGAUAUUUCGGAAAGAUCUGAUCAGCGCUAUGAAAAUACCGGAUACUUCCCAGUUGUUGAAUGAGGAAUAUUGGAUCAUGCAAGACCCUUGGAGGAUUGAAUGGGAAAAGGGAGUACAGGUUCCUGUUAAUGCGAAAUCGGUGCCAACGAAAAAUAUACAAAUUGUUCCGAAAGAAACAUUGGGCGACUUUCGAAUGCCACGGAAGAUGUUAAAAUCAAGUCCUGACAUCGGAGACAGAGACAUGAUUGAUCUGAAUGUAUUGGCGGAUUCCACAUGUAGAUAUGAUUUGGAUGAAAUGGAUGUAGCGUGGCUUAAAAUUAUAAACCAUGAAAGGAAAAUGAUGGGUCUUGCCACUCUUGAUGAAUUUUCCAUGGAACAGAUAAUGGAGGAGCUGGAAACCCAGUGCCACGAUAACAUGCAGCUUGCCAUCAAAACCAAGGAAGGAUUAGGAAUCGAAUAUGACGAAGAUGUUGUCUGUGAUGUUUGUAGGAUACCAGAUUGUGAGGAAGGGAAUGAAAUGGUUUUCUGUGAUGGGUGUAACUUAUGUGUUCACCAAGCUUGUUAUGGGAUUUUGAAGGUUCCUGUUGGAAGUUGGUUGUGCAAGCCGUGCGCUCUCGGCAUCCGUGGCUCCGCCAUGUGCAUUCUGUGCAAUAAGAAAGGAGGAGCAAUGAAGAGCACGAGGUCCGGAAACAAAUGGGCGCAUGUGAGUUGUGCUCUCUGGAUUCCUGAGAUCACCAUCGCUGAUCCUGAUCGAAUGGAACCAAUCACAAAGGUAUCCCAUGUCCCAUCAUCAAGGUGGGCACUCCUAUGCAGUAUAUGCAAGGACAGGGUUGGUGCGUGCAUUCAGUGCAGCGUGCGCCACUGUGUCACAGCGUACCACGUUACAUGUGCAAUCGAAGACAAAUUGGAUAUGAUAGCAGACUGCGGUGUUUCACCUUUGGAAGGACAAGAGGAUGCCGUCAUUUUCAGAUCGUAUUGUAAGAAACACAGCACCAAUAGGAAGGAAAGUGAUGGAGAAGAUGAACAAACAGAGGAGAGGAUAAGAGGGAUGAGGCAUCGGAGGAUCAUGGAGCUUGAGCAGGAGUUUUAUACUCUUGUUAAAUACCAGGCUGUUGCGAAUGCUUUAAGCAUUCCAUCACAAACAGCACGAGAUGUAAUGGAGUAUUGGAAGUUAAAACGAGCAGCAAAUUUCAAUCGACCUCUCAUCACACCUAAACAUGAGGAGGGCACUGCACUCGCUGAAGCUGCCGAAACCAACUUACAACGACGAUUAAGGAUGUUCACGCAUCUAAGGCAGGACCUUGAGCGUGUGCGUAAUUUGUGCUAUAUGAUUGGAAGAAGAGAAAAAACCAAAAGAGCCACUGUCAAAAAUAUGGAAAGUGUUUUCUUAACACAGAUGAAGUAUUUGGAGCGUUGUAUGUCUCGGGAUGGUAAGUUCGAACCACAAAGAAUGUUGAAAACUCUCCCCAAGUUUGGGCAACCCGAGGUGUGUGAACUUGCACGGAAAGAAUCCGUUCUCCUUGCUAAAACUCCAGAGUGGAAUCCCUCUACGGAGAAAAACCAGCGCUUAAUGCCUGAAGAAAAACUAAACAAUAAAAUAGAAAAGGCUGCCCAACAACAGGAAAAAACUCCUGUCAAACUGGCAGAGGUCGGCGAGACUUCGGAACAAAAACUUGUCCGGUCCCCAGUAAACUCAUCACUACGGCACAAAAAUGGACUCCACCGCAAAGCAUUCCUCACUGCGUGUCGGAAGCAUGAAUCACUCAGUCCUCGGAAAACUCUCCCCAACAAAACUGAUGUUAAAGAUGAAGUGGAGGAAAAAGUGGAGAGAGUUGAUAACAGGAGGAAGAGGUCAAUGAGGUCCUCGGACACUGACAGCGAGUCACAGUCGAGCAAACCUCCAGUAAAAAAAUCGCAGCGAGCAAAAGCGUGGACUACGUGGCGUGCGACCGGUGCUGCUGCUUCUCCUUCAGCUUUUACCAUUAAAACUGAAAAGGAAACUAAUGGGAAAGAGGAGAACAUUGUUGUGGGGAAAACCUCGAAAAACCUCCCGUCCCCUCGCGCUAGUGUAGGGGGUGAUGCUUCUCCUGUUAUAGCGGAGACUAAACCUCGUGAAGCAGCUGGUCGGGUGACUCGGCAAAGUAGGCUGGUCGUCAAAUGGGAUUCAGAUAAAACAGAUGACCCGGAAAUUGUGCAGAAAACUUCUGAUGAUAUUAAGCAACACAAAACUAUCAACCUACGCACCAACAAAUCAAGAAUAGUUUCAAGUGAAUGUUCAUCAGAAAGUGGUAAAAACAAGGAAGUUGCCGCUUCCCGGCCUGCGGCUUGCUCGAGAACAAUUACGCGCAGUUCUAAAUCACGUGACAGUGUGGACAAUAACCACAGUGACACGCCCACAUCACGCCCUCCACUCAGACAAUCGGCGUUGAAGGCAAAAAACGAUUCAGGGGCUCUUGCUCUAUCAUGUGAUGAGGAGGCAGGGCAAGAGCUCCUGAAACCUGCAGAGGAUGACCAGGAGAACAUCCAGGUCGGAGGAGCCGAGAAGAGAGAUGAUGAGAAAGAUGAGGAAGAUGUUGGUUACCGUGGCGACAUGGAUGAAUCCGACACCGAACUCACGAGGACACCGUGUGGCCGGCACAAGCAGAGUCACACGGGACAUAAACGACCGCAUCGGUUAAACGUAAAAACCACAGACACUGCAGAUUCUAGUGAUUACUCCUCCAGGUCAAGGAUUUUAAGUAAAACUUUUCCCUCCAAACGAAAAAGACUAAAAUCGAUGCAGAAUCGAACCAGGACAGACCUGAUAAAAACUGGGGUUUUGUUCAAAGGAUUUAAAGAUCCAAUUGAAGGGGUUCCGCGAGCCCGAACUCGCUCCCAAACUGACACAAGUGAUUCAAACCGGCCAAAAAACUCCGGAGCCGCCGACGAUAUUUGCGAUAGAUUAGCACACGAGAGUGAGCACAAUGUUACCACCAUCGUCGGCGGCCACUCCGGUAACCUCAUCGUCCCCGCUUCCUCGAGUUCCGUCUCGCACCCCCCUCCUGCGCAUGUCAAGCAGGAGUUUCACCCACCAGGGCUGGAUAAUUUUCACAACCCCUUACAAACAAAGGGGUUUUACCCCACUUUCAUGCCCCCACAGCCUUACCACUAUAUGAACCCUCAGGAUAUUUAUUACACUUCCAUAGCACAAUACCAAAGUCACCCCAUGUGGUCAAUUCUAACCGAAGAACAGAAAAUGAAAUUAACGCAACAACUAUCUAAGAGCUUAUUCCCCACAAAUUAUUAUCAUGAGCCUGCACCCAACCACAAAUCUCCUAUCCAGCCAAUGCCAGAUUCAACUCUUUCCCCAGAAAGUCAACCAGUCCUCCCUCCUGCUAUGCAAAUGCCUGAGAAUGUUGAUCCCCAGCCAGCCAUCCCCACCUUACCAUCUGCAUGCGAGUCUCUCCCGCACCCAAGUCCUGCCAUUCCACUGAACCCAGAGCCCUCUACACAAGCAACAGCUCAUGAAAACUACCCUGAAAAUCCAACCAAGAAAAACAAAAAGAAAAAAAAGAAAAAGUCAAAAAAGAAGAAAAAGAAGCGAAAACGUCAAAGUUCGGACUCUUAUUAUUCCAGCAGCAGUUUCAACAGUGAUGGCAGCUACGGUGAAUUCUGUGUUGAAUAUUGCUCAACACUUGACCCAGCUUUGCAGACAAACAAUGAAAACAGGGCUGACGAUCAUGAAGAAAUUUCUGUUCCAACUGAUACAACUAUACCACAGGUACCAGUACCUUUAACGGCAGAAAAUGUGCCCCAACCCAGUGAAGAACCUUUUGUAACAGAAAUACCGAAUAAAAUUAAACCUCUCGAACAAAUUGAAACAACUUCCACCCCUCCCCCACCAGAUCCUGGCACCUCAAAACUUCUUCUUAAAAUUGACAAGAAACGAAUUGUUCUGAGCCAAGACAGUGAUAAUUGUGACUCAGCUGAAGAGAUCAAGUCUUCCAGUGACUCAUCAAUUAUUUCGGAAAAAGAUUCUGAGCCUUCCGACAAGGAGGGUGAGGAAAAACUAAUUGUCUCACCACUCAAACUCAAGUUAUCGGCAACAAAAAGUGAUAGAACUUUACGGAACGGCCUUAUGCCUUGUGAAUACCAGAUACUGGAAGGUAAAAUAGAGGAAAAUAUUCUGUUGAAAUCCCCAGUAAAAUCUGAACCCACUGUGAGCAAAACACCAGCACAACCAACGCCACAGCCAGUCACUGUUAAUCAGCUGUCUUGGACGAGUUCAGUACCUCAAAAAGUAGAAACAGGUGCAGUGAAGCGUCAAAGCAGUGGCCAUGUUGCUUUAAGAAGGCUUGGGUUGCCGUCACAAACUGUAGAAUCUUCAGAGGUACCAGAAAAAAGAACGCUGCGAAAUAGGAACCAGCCAAACAAAGCAGAGACUAGCACUACCGCUAAUAAAAAAGCUCCAAAGCAGGAACAAAAACGCCCAAGUUUGGCUUCUGUUACUCCCAUGACAACUGAGAAGAGAAAACGUGGUAGACCUAAAAAGAAUCCUAAUUCCACUACAUCCAAAACUACGAAACCCAACACUGCUGCGUCAAACGCGAAUAUAGACGCUUACAUUUCCAUCAGUCAACAUAUGUCUGACACCAGUUCCACCACCACUUGCAGCUCUAAUGUUCAAGACAGACUGGGCCCUCUUCUUGGUAAGAACGACGAGCAGAGGAGCAAAUCCUUCUCCAGUGACUCAUCCAAGCAUUCCUCCAUUCAUCCCAGCUUGCAGCCAGAGCGACACUGGAAAAAGCGAAAAGUCCGAGAGCAUGAAACUUCCGUGACAAAACCACUGCCCACAUCUCCUGAAGACAUCCUGCCAUCUCCACCUCUUUCUUCAGAAAUCCAAACUCAGAAUCCUGAUUUUUUGGUUGAAAACUCAAAAGACAACUCAACAGUAGAACCAACAACAAAUGCUGCCAUUCCUAAUGCAUUAUCUGAAAAAGAAACAGAGUCAACAUCUAUAAAAUUGAAUACUAGUUCAGCAAAACUUCCAAGUUUAAGAAAUGCACCUUCUCCAACUCCUAACAAGUUCAAUACCUCUGGUGUUCAUCACACAAAGUCAUCUUCAUUAUCGCAGCCAUCAACGCAAGUUGUACAUUUGGGAAAAAAGGAAAUAAAAAAUCCAGUAAAACCAGAAAGUAAAAUAUCAUCUGACAUUUCGGAAAGUUCCAAACCUAGUUCGGUUGACGUUUAUGAAUUUGCGGACUUUGGGAGCUGACAUGGUUUCUUACACAAGUGUGCUAGAACCGCUUACUCGAAGAUAGGAGCAUUUUAACUAACUUCCGCUAUUGAAGGUGUCUCUUAUGAAUCCCUUGCAGUUUGAGGCUCUGCCUUUUUCGUGUAGGGAAUUUUAAUCUGCGUUGUGUCUACUGUGAAACCUGUUUUAACCGGUUAUUGCACUUGAUUGUGCUGGUUUAAACGCGGAGAGAAGUUUCGAUUCGUUUUACACCGUGUCGCUUUAAAGGUUAUUUUUAAUUGAAACACCACGUAAAUUGUGUAUAUUUUCUAUACAGGGAGAUCUGUUAUUUUAAUAUCAGGACUUCUGCCUUCUUUUUUAUUUCUCCCGAUUUUCGUACGUUCUUUGAAAAAAAUCAUUCAUUUUAGUCCAUCAUGUCGUGUUUGGACAAUAUAUUUUAUCUGGUCGUUUUAAAAAAUCAAUAGGACUGCAAACAAGUACAAAAC